GGUGGUGGAGGAGGAGGAGGAGGAGGAGGCGGCUCGGGGCAAUCGAGAAGCGAGCCGGAGCGCGGGGCGCGAGUCGGAGUCCAGCCGAGCCGCCGCCGCCUCCCCGCCUUCAGCGAGAGCCCCGGCCGGGGGCCCGCCACAACGCGCCCGGGCCUGCCUCGGCGUCAGGCCCCGCGGGCAGCGCCAGGCAGCCAGGGGGAGGGAGAGCAAGUGAGCGCCGGGAGGAGGCGGCCGGAGCGAGCGGGCGCCGCGCGUGUGGCGUGAGGGGAAGCCGCUGGCCGCCCCCUUGGCCGUCCCUUCGCUCCCCCUCCCCGCUCCCUGCCCCGACCGCGGAGGGCACCAUGUCGGCGCCGACGGCCAAAGCCAGUAAAAAGGAGCUCAACUCCAACCACGACGGGGCCGACGAGACCUCAGAAAAAGAACAGCAAGAAGCAAUUGAACACAUUGACGAAGUACAAAAUGAAAUAGACAGACUUAAUGAACAAGCAAGUGAGGAAAUACUAAAAGUAGAACAAAAAUAUAACAAACUCCGCCAACCGUUUUUUCAGAAGAGGUCAGAAUUGAUCGCUAAAAUCCCAAAUUUUUGGGUAACCACAUUUGUCAACCAUCCACAAGUGUCUGCACUGCUUGGGGAGGAAGACGAAGAGGCUCUGCAUUAUUUAACCAGAGUUGAAGUAACAGAAUUUGAAGACAUUAAAUCAGGUUACAGAAUAGAUUUUUAUUUUGAUGAAAAUCCCUACUUCGAAAAUAAAGUUCUCUCCAAAGAAUUUCAUCUGAAUGAGAGUGGUGACCCAUCCUCAAAGUCCACUGAAAUCAAAUGGAAAUCUGGAAAGGAUUUGACAAAACGCUCGAGUCAAACACAGAAUAAGGCCAGCAGGAAGAGACAACACGAAGAGCCAGAGAGCUUCUUUACCUGGUUUACUGACCACUCUGAUGCAGGUGCAGAUGAGUUAGGAGAAGUCAUCAAAGAUGACAUUUGGCCAAACCCCUUGCAGUACUAUUUGGUUCCUGAUAUGGACGAUGAAGAGGGAGAGGCAGAAGAUGAUGACGAUGAUGAUGAAGAAGAAGAAGGCUUGGAAGAUAUUGAUGAAGAAGGAGAUGAAGGUGAAGAAGAUGAAGAUGAAGAUGAUGAUGAAGGGGAAGAAGGAGAGGAGGAUGAAGGCGAGGAUGACUAGCAGAGAAGACUGAUGGAUUCCGACUCUUUUUUUAUUUUCUUUUUAUUAAAUUUCUCCAGUCCCUGGGAGCAAGUUGCAGUCAUUUCCCUCCCAUCCCCAAUCCCUCUUGUGC